AUGGUGCAUAUCCAUGAUACUCAUGUUUUAAUGGUUUCCUUGUUCUACCAUGGUCACAUAAACCCCAUGGUUCGCUAUGCCAAACUCCUCACAUCAAGAGGUAUCCAUGUAACCAUAGCCACAACUAACCAUGCUCGAGACCAAAUUUUAAAUGGGCUAGCCAAACAAAGCGAUUUCAUCGAUUUUGAGUUUUUUGAUGAUGGCCUUGAUGCUGAACUUGAUCGUGAAAAGAAUUUGGGUAUCCUGCUAGAAGAGUACCUUCCAAGGGACGGGGUGAAAAAUCUUUCAAAUCUCAUUUAUGCUCUUGAAGGCAAAGGUAAAAAAUUCGAGUGCAUCAUUGUCAAUUGUUUCGUGCCAUGGGUUACAAAUGUUGCAAUGAUGCACAACAUUCCUUGUGCCAUGUUAUGGGUUCAAUCUUGUGCAACAUAUGGCAUAUACUAUCAUUAUUUUCACCAAAAAUUAUCUCAAGUAUUUGCAUUAAAUGAUCCAAAUCAUAUUUUCACAAUACCCGGAUUACCAUUACUUAAGGCAGAGGACCUUCCAACCUUUGUCCUUCCCUCAAGCCCUCCCCAUUUCCUAAACGUUGUCAUGACAACCAUAAGUAUCCUUGAUCGAUUUCAAUGGAUAUUUGGAAGUUCUUUUUGUGAUAUAGAAGAAACUUUGGUGCAUUCCAUGAUGCAAUUUAAACCCAUUCUGCCCAUUGGUCCUUUGGUGUCACCGUACAUGCUAAAUGUUGGAGAGGCGCUAGAGGGUGAGGAAGAAAACGACUUGUGCCUAGAUUGGCUGGAUAAGCAAGGUGCAUCAUCGGUGAUAUACAUUGCUUUGGGGAGUAUAUCCAUCAUGUCACAAAGCGAGACAGAAGCACUAGCAAUGGCCUUAGAGAGUGAUAGCAAUAGGCGAUUUUUAUGGGUGAGGAAGGAAGGCGAAAAUGGUUGGGGAGGAAAAACAGGAGAGCUUCCAAAAGGAUUUCUAGAGAAUACCAAAGAUAGAGGACUAAUAGUUCCGUGGUGUCGUCAAGAUAAAGUGUUAAUGCACCCGGCUAUUAAGUGUUUUCUGACUCAUUGUGGAUGGAACUCGACAUUAGAAACUAUCUCAGCAGGUGUUCCGGUUAUAGCUUACCCCGAUUGGACCGACCAACCAACAAAUGCUAAACUUCUUGUAGAUGUGUUUAAGGUCGGCGUAAGGAUGAAGAAGAUAAAGGACGGUGAGCUUGGGAGAGAUGAGAUUGAAAGGUGUAUUGUAGAGGUGACCACAGGACAAAGGGCGUUAGCUAUGAAGGAACAAGCCACUAAGUGGAAGGUGGCGGCUAAGAAAGCAACAUCAAGUGGUGGUUCCUCCAACAUGAAUAUUGAGAAUUUCAUCAAUGCAAUUAGAGGCAAAUUUGUGUAG